AUGGCCGAUCCUCGCGUGAGACAGAUCAAGAUCAAGACCGGCGUGGUGAAGCGAUUGGCCAAAGAAAAAAUGAUGUAUGAAAAAGAAGCAAAACAACAAGAAGAAAAGAUUGAAAAAAUGAAAGCUGAAGAUAGUGAAAAUUAUGCCCUUAAAAAGCAGGCAGAGAUCUUGCAAGAGUCCCGGAUGAUGAUCCCAGAUUGCCAGCGCAGAUUGGAAGCUGCAUAUACUGAUCUUCUGCAGAUAUUAGAGAAUGAAAAAGAAUUGGAAGAAGCUGAGGAAUAUAAAGAAGCACGUUUAGUACUGGAUUCAGUGAAGUUAGAGGUACUGAUGAGAAGCAGCAAAAAGCUUACCAUUCUGUGA